CACCUGAUUUAUCCAUUUUUGUUUCUCUCAUUCUUAAGUCUCUCUUUAAUUUCUAUCUUCUCCAAAACUACAUUAUCUUCAUUCUUUCAAGAACUCUCUCCUUCCUCCUUCUUCUUCCUUUGUCUCUCUCUCAGCUCGAAAAACGAUCAAAAAUGGAAAUGGAGUCAUGUGUUCCUCCAGGUUUUAGAUUUCAUCCAACAGAGGAAGAACUUGUUGGAUACUACCUCAAGAGAAAAAUUAACUCCCUCAAGAUUGAUCUUGAUGUCAUCACUGAUAUUGAUCUCUAUAGAAUGGAGCCAUGGGACAUCCAAGAUAGGUGCAAACUGGGAUAUGAAGAACAAAACGAGUGGUAUUUUUUCAGCCACAAGGACAGGAAAUAUCCGAGUGGAACGAGGACAAAUAGAGCUACAGCUGCUGGAUUUUGGAAGGCAACAGGAAGAGAUAAGGCAGUAUUAUCAAGGGAGAAGAUAAUAGGGAUGAGAAAAACACUAGUUUUCUACACAGGAAGAGCUCCUAAUGGAAGGAAAAGUGAUUGGAUUAUGCAUGAAUAUCGUCUCCAAACCUCCCAACAUGGACCUCCUCAGGAAGAAGGAUGGGUAGUAUGCAGGGCAUUCAAGAAGCCAACUCCAAACAACAAUCCAAGUUUAGAAUCAUGGAAAAAUACUUCUGCUUAUAAUUGUAUCAGAGGAACCAAUACAAGUUAUAGACCACCUUCAAAAAUGCCAAGUCCAAUGCAUUAUAAUCCAUUCAACCAAACAUCAAACUUAAAUAAUCAAUUCCUUUCUAAUCCAUCUCUCUAUCAUCAUCAUCAAGAUCUCAUCUCUAGCCAAAUAAUUGGAUUUGAAAAUCAACUAGUUGAACUCCCACAACUUGAUAGCCCCACCAUUUCAACAAGUAUGGCUACUCAUGAAGAAGACAAGAAUAGUUAUGGGAGUAAUUGCCAAUUUUUUGAUAUGAUUGAGGCACCAUCUUCUUCUUAUUCUUUCCCUAAUCUUCCAUUAGUUGAUGAUGAUCAGAAUCGUAUGAGCCAAUUGCUUCAAUGUUACCCUGAUUUAUAGCUUUCAUUAUAUGGGAAAAAAACAAUCUUCUAUGAAUAAUCGUAGAGAUUUGUAUUAACAAAAAAAAAGGGUUCGUGAAAUUUGGUUGGAGUUAAAAGCAGCUGAGUAUGAAGGAAAUGUGGAAGCUGCAAGGGCCACGUUAAAAAAGUGGCCUUUGAGAAUUUUUAGUUGUUUAAUUAACAACCUAUUGACUGUUUCAAGAUAUUCUACAACUGUGAAUUGAUGUUAUAUGUAUCUACGUACUGAUCGGAGAAGCUUUAAUUUUUUUCCUUUCGAUUUUAUUCUUCUUUCCUUGA